GCUGCCUAUUUAACGUGCUCCCGGCCGAUUCCGCUUAUUUCUGGGUCUGAAACGGUCAGAGGAGAUGCUUGAGCCAGGGAACUCCGCUCCGAAGAAGGGCGGCAGGAAAGCUUUGCCCAAAACUGCGGGUAAGGGAGGUAAGAAACGUAAGAGGCUGAGGAAGGAGAGUUACUCCAUCUACAUCUACAAAGUGAUGAAGCAGGUUCACCCCGACACCGGCAUCUCCUCCAAGGCCAUGAGCAUCAUGAAUUCAUUCGUGAACGAUAUUUUCGAGCGCAUCGCGGGUGAGGCUUCCCGCCUGGCCCAUUACAACAAGCGGUCAACCAUCACUUCCCGGGAGAUCCAGACCGCCGUGCGCCUGCUGCUGCCCGGGGAGCUGGCCAAGCACGCCGUGUCCGAAGGGACAAAGGCGGUGACCAAGUACACCAGCUCCAAGUGA